AUGCUCGUGGGGAAGUCGGUUCCGGAACUCAUCUUCGUAAGGUCCAUUGUAAUAUACUUCCAGUACCUCGGACUGCUCUGCUUCCUCUACUUUUGGUUCAUCUUCGCCCUUGCUGGCGUGCCCGGUAUCGCCCAUCCCGUGUCCAUCAUCAUCGAAGUUGUCGGCGCCAUCGAAAUCAUCUUCUACUUUGCGUGGUUCGUGCCCUAUCGCCGUCGUCUACAAAAGCUCAGUCUCCAACCUGAGCCUCUGAAUCAGGAGGAACGCCGGCGGUUCUUCUACCAGGGGCUGGAUCACGCCCCGGACGUCGAGCAGUAUGUCCGGAAAUGGCAUUGCAACGCCCAGACUGGCGAUAUCCGCAGGGAGAACGUCAAGGACUGGUUGAUGUGGGCAUUGUUCGACAAGCAAGGCAACCCGCAAGAACAUGACGAGGAACUUGAAGAGUACGUUGCGGAAGUCGAAGAGCGGGCUGGAGUCAACAUCAAGAGAGGUUUCGGAGACUCAACCCCUCUGCGCCUCAGCUUUGAUCCCGUCACCAUCACGCACCGAAGCCUGCUGUUUUAUCUUACCACUGGCUCUCUCGACUUCUUCGCAACCCUCGUCCUCUUUAUCAGAGGUUUCAAGUUCUACCGCCAACCUCGCAACACCUUCCUCUCCGUUUUCCCAUGGCGGCCCAUGACUCUCUUCUCGCCCAAUGAGUCCGCCGACCCGAAGCUGAGCUACUUCUGCCGCCCGCACACGUCAGAGACCCAGCGCCCGAUCCUCUUCAUGCACGGCGUUGGCGUCGGCAUGAUCCCGUACCUACUCUGGCUCUGGAGUAUCCCAAAGGACGUCGGCGUCUUGUGUAUCGAGAUCCUCCCCGUCUCCUCGCGCAUCUGCCCCCCUCUGCAGACGACCAAGGAGCUCGUCGACGGCAUGGACGCCAUCAUCAAGCAGCAAAACUACAACGACUUUGUAUUUGUUGGAAACUCCUUCGGCACCCUCCUGGCGUCCCCGUUCUUGCAGAGACCCGACAUCGCGCCAAAGAUCAACUCCCUCGUCCUCAUCGACCCUGUAUCACUCCUCCUCCACCUCCCCGCCGUGGCAUAUAACUUCACGCGCCGCACGCCCAAAUGGGGCAACGAAUGGGAAAUUUGGUUCGUCGCCACGGAUCCCAUGGUCGCGCAUACUCUCGCCCGCCGCUUCCGCUGGCAGGACUUCAUCCUCUGGACGCCGCAGCUGCAAGGGAAGCGCACGACCGUCGUCCUCGGCGGCGAGGACUGCGUCACGGACCCGGACGCCGUGGCGAGCUACGUCUACUUUGGCGACCUCAACUACACGCGGCACGACAAGCCCGAGUGGGCAACGACGCCCGGCAGGUGGAGCGGGAGGGGGGAGCUGGAGCUCAUGUACCUGGAGGGCAUGGACCACGGUCAGGCUUUCCUGAGUAUCAAGCACAUGCCGCAGAUUGGCAACGUGGUGAUGGCGUACACGCACCUCAGCGGCGUAUUGGACUCGAGGCAGGCGGACGCCGCAAAGGAGGAAGAACAGAACCGGAUUUGA